ACUUGCUCCAUCUUCACAAUACCCUCCUCCUUCCCAUCCUUAGCAAUGCGAUAAUCGCAUUCCGACCCCGCCGCGCCCUUCUGCUUGCAGCAACCCCUAAAUUUGCUCAGGUGCUAGGAGAUGGAGGCGGCGUUGCAGUCCUCGCCGUACUGGAAGAUGACGUUGUUGUCGGAGCAGCAGGUCUGCGUGGCCGCGUUGUUCUUGCCGCCGCCGGUGUUGAGGCACUUGCAGGCUAGGACGGUGGAGGACGAGGAGAGGGAGAGGAGGACGAGGAGCUUGGCUCGACUGGUAUCGGUGUCGCGUAACGGACUUGGAAAACUCUCACAUCCUCUCUCACCAUUGGCCCCCCCCCAUUUCCUCACCAAGGUUCCUCGGUCAGUGCCGCCGCUGGGUCCGUACCACUUGGAGGUCCAACACCACCUCUCUCUUCACCGAAGGCACCGUCUGGGACACUCAGCCCUACUGCGUCUACGCCGUCUACCUGACCAGCUUCACCAACUUUGCGCUCUUCACCGACGCCGCCCUGGUCUAUCUCUUCACCCAAUCUUCUUGGUACACCGACGCCGCGCGGAGCCCAAGUACGCUCUCGCCGCUCUCCUCUCUUGGAUGAUCUUCACCAAGACCAUCAAAGUCUUCCGCUACUUCUCUGCCAAAUCCCAGGCGACUAGGGGUCUUGUUGAAAACUAUUCCAUCCUUCCACGCUCAACAUUCUUCAACUCCACCUUUCCUUGGGACUUGUUCUGUUGCUGUGGACAUUUUCAUUUUCCAACCAAGACGAAUCAAACGCCACGUUUCACAUCAUUUGCUCCAUCAAACCUCUACCCCGGAUUCGCUCGAAUCAUGGAUGAUCUGAGCGCCAUCGGCAAUGGUCGUGUGCCAUAGUUAUCGAGAUCCUUUGUGGUUUUUGCUGCCUUGCUACGUAGGUGAGAAAUGCGAAGAAGAACAAUUAGAGGUACGGUGAAAUAAAAGAGAAGAGGAGCUA